AAAGAGGACAUAGAAACCAUUAUAGUAUGUGCAGUGGUUUAGAUACAGUAAAAAACAUACAUUGUUUUGUGCAAAUAGUCUAUUGCAGGGUCACCAAGAAAUAGCAGUCACCAAGAAACUGGUCCUUGGUGCAAAAAAAGGUUGGGGACUGCUGGUCGAGUGGAUACCAUUAAGAACCAAUAGAACACCUUUAACCACUUCACAUGUUGGUAUCUCCUGGAUACCAUUAUGUAUCAUUAGGACAUCAUUCGGAUAAAGCAUACGGAUUUCAAGGUUCCGCAAUGAUUCAAUGAAAUACACAAACACCCUACAUAACCGGAAAACGUUCGAUACUGGUUUUGAUGGUGAUGAUUUGUAGUGGUAUUGGAAACUUUCUGUAAUCUUUCCUAUCGGUGAGGGUUUUUUUGCAGGCCCUGCUGGAUCCAGUCUGAUAUAAGAUGACUUUCUCAUAAUCCUUAAUUGUAUUAAAUAUCAUGCAAAUAUGGAACAGCCCCAAAAGAAGAAAAGUGAGCUAGUUCUGACCAAAAGAAUUGUUCAGAUUGUUGUGAUCAUGAAAUGUGCAGAAAUUCCGCUCUAUGAGAUUUCCAGAGACAGCUGCAGAUUUCCGUUAGACCCUCCGACACUGCGCUCUAUCGCCCUCCACCGGGAAACACGUGCAUCGUGCUAUCACGUGACACGAACGCCACGGCACGGCACAGGCGCUGUAGCCGAUUGACUCAGCCUCUGUCUCUCUCUGUCUCUCAGUGGCGUAAGCAGCAUCCCGAUUGCAAGGAUCCGCGUCCACUGUCCCCUUUUCGGCUCUGAUGCACGCGCCAGCGAGCUUUUAGAGCGCUUGUGCUCUCGAGUCGAAUGCACGCGCGGAUCCUCCCGCUGCCCGUCCGGGCUCUGAGCGCGUGCCGUGUGUGAGACGUGUGUGUGUGUGUGAGUGUUUGUGUGUGAGAGACACACGGGGAGGAGACCGAAUGGCGGAGCGCGAUGCAGUACCGCUGCCGCUGGACAUCCGAGCGCGGAUCGCUGAGCUGGAACUGGAGCUGUCGGAAGGGGACAUCACACAGAAGGGUUAUGAGAAGAAAAGAGCCAAACUCAUUCGAGCCUACUUGCCCCAUGCAGCAGUAGGGGCAGAGUCUCGAGUACCAGUAACUCCGUCUUCAUCGUCAUCUUUUUCAUCUCGUUACCAGCGGCGACGUUCCACUGGCUCGCGGGAUGAGCGAUAUUGUUCAGAUGUUCACUCUGAAGCGGUGCAGGCAGCAUUGGAGCGACAGUGUGAAAGAAAGAUGGCCGUCCCCAUGCCCUCCAAACGACACUCCCUCGUUGUGCAAACAUCUAUGGAGGCAUACACACCCCCAGACUCAUCAUCAUGCUCUGAGGGUGAAGGCUCAUUAGGAAGAGCCAGGGGUGCAGGAGUGGAGGCCUGGAUCAGUCGAGCACUACGUGGUUCAUCUUCAUCGACCACAUCUUCGUCAUCAUCGCACAGCAAUGGAUCUGCCAACGCAGCACGUUUGGCAGAGAGCAGCGCACACUCUUACAGCUUCGGCCAAGUUUCUCAUUUGUCCCUCAAGAGGCGGGGCUUAAGAGAGAUGGGUGUCUCAUUAGAGAAUGGUAACAUCGGGCAACGCUCUUAUGACUACCAGUCCGAACGUCCGUGGUCUUCACUGGACUCAGAGGACAGUCAUCCUGCACCUCCUGACAUCACAAGCUGCAUGCCGGACCCACCCCUCGUUACCAUGGAGCGCCCGCAGGUCGCCUUGCCAACCAAGCCUAUGCCCAAAUAUGGUAACGCUGAGCUCAUGGAGACAGGAGAUGGCGUGCCUGUGAGUAGUCGAGUGUCCUCGAAGAUUCAGCAGCUGGUAAACACUCUGAAGAAGCCCAAGAGACGUCCACUGAGGGAGUACUUCAUUGAUGACUUUGAGGAACUGCUAGAAGUCCGGCAGCCCGAUCCUUCUUUACCACAUCCAGAAGGAGUAGAAUCGAAAAUAUGCCAAGGGGAGGAACUGGGAAGACUGAAGAAUUGCCCUGCCUCUCUAGAGGCAGCCUUACAGCGCUGGGGUGCCAUUGCACCCAAAGCACCAUGUUUGACCAUCACACAUGCUGGUGCCAAACAGCCUUACACACUCACAUAUGGUAAGCUGUGGUCCAGGAGUAUGAAGGUGGCCUAUUACAUUCUUCACAAACUCGGAACCAAGCAGGAACCCAUCGUUCGGCCGGGAGACAGAGUGGCGUUAGUGUACCCCAAUAAUGAUCCUGUGGCAUUUUUGGUGGCGUUUUAUGGCUGUAUGUUGGCUGAAGUCGUCCCGGUACCCAUUGAAGUACCGCUUAGCAAAAAGGAUGCUGGGAGUCAGCAGAUCGGUUUCCUGCUGGGCAGCUGCGGCGUUGCUGUGGCACUGACCAGUGAUGCGUGCCACAAAGGUCUUCCCAAGAGCCUCAGUGGUGACAUUGUGCAAUUCAAAGGCUGGCCAAAGCUGUUGUGGGUCGUGACUGAGUCAAAGCAUUUAUCGAAACCCCCCAGAGAGUGGUACCCUCUAAUUAAAGAUGCUAACAACGACACGGCGUAUAUCGAGUAUAAGACUUGCAAAGAUGGAAGUGUCCUUGGAGUGACCGUGACGAGAAUGGCCAUGCUGACACACUGCCAAACACUCACACACGCUUGUGGAUACAGCGAAGCCGAGACUCUUGUGAAUGUGUUGGAUUUUAAGAAGGACGUAGGACUGUGGCACGGCGUUCUAACGAGUGUUCUCAACAUGCUCCACACUGUGAGUGUUCCAUAUGCUCUCAUGAAGGUGAAUCCAUUAUCAUGGGUCCAGAAGGUCUGUCAGUACAAAGCUAAAGUGGUGUGUGUGAAGAGUAGGGAUCUUCACUGGGCUCUGAUAGCACACAGAGAUCAGAGUGACAUCAACCUGAGCUCUCUCCGUAUGCUGCUAGUUGCUGAUGGAGCAAAUCCCUGGUCGAUCUCGUCAUGCGACGCAUUCCUGAACGUCUUUCAAAGUUUGGGGUUGAAGUCGGAGGUCAUCUGUCCAUGUGCGAGCUCACCAGAGGCUCUUACCGUCGCUGUAAGGAGGCCGAGUGACGGCAGCUCAAAGCCUGUAGGCCGAGGCGUUCUCAGUAUGAUGGGACUGAGUCACGGCGUCAUCCGGGUGGACACAGGAGAGAAGCUGUCUGUCCUCACACUGCAGGAUGUUGGCAGUCCCAUGCCAGGAGGCCUGAUGUGUGUGGUGAAGCUGGAAGGUAUCCCCCAGUUGUGUAAAACAGAUGAGGUCGGAGAGAUCUGUGUGUCAUCCAUUGCCACAGGAACGUCCUAUUAUGGUCUUACAGGAAUGAGCAAAAACACAUUCGAGGUGUCCCCAGUGUGGAGCAGCGGCGUGUUAGCGAGCGAGUGUGUAUUUGUACGAUCAGGGCUGUUGGGAUUUGUCGGCCCAGGUGGAGCCAUCUUUGUCACUGGAAAGAUGGACGGAUUGAUGCAAGUCGGGGGCCGAAGACAUAACAGUGAUGACAUUGUGGCUACUGCACUUGCUGUUGAACCCAUGAAGUUUGUGUAUAGAGGAAGGAUAGCUGUGUUCUCUAUUACUGUGCUUCAUGAUGAGAGGAUCGUAGUAGUGGCGGAGCAGCGACCAGAUUCUACCGAAGAGGAGAGCUUCCAGUGGAUGAGCAGAGUACUGCAGGCUAUAGAUAGUAUCCAUCAGGUCGGUGUGUAUUGCUUGGCGCUGGUUCCGUCUAAUACCCUGCCCAAAACUCCACUUGGAGGAAUCCACCUCUCUGAGACAAAGCAGCUUUUCCAGGACGGAGCGCUGCACCCCUGCAAUGUUCUCAUGUGCCCUCAUUCCUGCGUCACAAAUCUGCCCAAACCCCGACAGAAACAACCCGAGGUUGGUCCCGCCUCGGUCAUGGUGGGGAAUCUGGUGGCGGGAAAGCGGAUGGCGCAGGCCAGCGGACGAGACCUCAGUCAGGAAGACAAUGAUCAGUUCCUGUUUUUGCCUGAGGUGUUGCAGUGGAGAGCUCAAACUACACCUGACCACAUACUUUACACACUCAUUAACUCAAGGGGGACUGUGGGGAGUUCUCUAACAUGUGUGCAGCUCCAUAAAAGAGCAGAGAAGAUUGCUGCGCUGCUGUUCGAACGUGGACAACUGCGAGAGGGAGAUCAUGUAGCAUUAGUGUACCCACCAGGUUUAGAUCUGAUUGCCGCUUUCUACGGUUGUUUGUAUGCUGGCUGUAUCCCGAUCACAGUCAGGCCUCCUCAUCCCCAAAACAUCGCUACUACACUGCCAACUGUCAAAAUGAUUGUAGAGGUGAGUCGUUCAGGGUGUGUUAUGACCACACAGGUAAUCAGUAAACUUCUGAAGUCAAAAGAGGCAUCAGCAGUGGUGGAUCUCCGAUCAUGGCCACCUGUUCUUGACACAGAUGAUCUGCCAAAAAGACGGUCUCAUCUCCUGUAUAAGCCAUGUGAUCCAGAGUCUUUAGCGUACUUAGACUUCAGUGUGUCCACCACUGGCAUGCUUGCUGGAGUAAAGAUGUCUCACAGUGCCACCAGUGCUUUAUGUCGUUCUAUAAAGUUGCAGUGUGAGCUUUAUCCGUCCCGUGAAGUAGCAGUGUGUUUGGAUCCCUACUGUGGACUGGGCUUUGUCAUUUGGUGCCUCUGCAGUGUGUAUGCAGGGCACCAGAGCAUACUGAUCCCUCCAGCAGAGUUAGAGGUAAACCCGGCCCUGUGGUUACUCUCUGUCAGCCAGUUCAAAGUGAGAGACACUUUCUGUUCUUAUUCAGUCAUGGAGCUCUGUACCAAGACCCUCGGUACACUAACUCACUCACUCAAGGCUCGAGGCCUGGAUCUGUCUCGUGUACGCACGUGCGUGGUGGUGGCAGAGGAGAGGCCUCGUAUCGCUCUGACUCAGUCCUUUUCCAAGCUUUUUAAAGACGUCGGGCUUCACCCACGUGCUGUCAGCACUUCCUUUGGAUGCAGGGUGAAUCUAGCUGUGUGCCUGCAGGGGACUUCAGGACCAGACCCCACUACCGUCUUUGUGGACAUGAGGGCACUCCGACAUGACAGAGUACGCUUGGUGGAAAAAGGCUCGCCACAUAGUUUGCCUCUCAUGGAGUCAGGCAAGAUCCUGCCAGGGGUCCGCAUCAUCAUCGCCAAUCCAGAGACAAAGGGGCCGAUCGGAGAUUCUCAUUUAGGAGAGAUAUGGGUGCACAGCAGUCAGAAUGCAAGUGGAUAUUUCUCAGUGUUCGGGGAGGAGAAUGUUCGCUUGGAUCAUUUUAGUGCCAGACUCAGUUUCGGAGACACACAAACCGUCUGGGCCAGAACCGGCUACCUCGGCUUCCUCCGCAGGACAGAACUCACCGACGCCAGUGGAGAGAGGCACGAUGCUCUUUAUGUGGUGGGAGCGUUGGACGAGGCGAUGGAGCUGAGAGGGAUGCAGUACCACCCCAUUGAUAUUGAGACUUCUAUCAUCCGAACCCACAAGAGCAUUACAGAAUGUGCCGUGUUCACCUGGACUAAGCUCUUGGUUGUGGUGGUCGAGCUAGACGGUUCAGAGCAGGAAGCUCUGGACCUGGUUCCCAUGGUAACCAAUGUAGUUCUGGAGGAGCAUUACCUGAUCGUUGGUGUGGUGGUUGUCGUGGAUACCGGCGUCAUUCCUAUCAACUCGCGCGGAGAGAAGCAGCGCAUGCACCUGCGAGACGGCUUCCUCGCCGACCAGCUCGACCCCAUAUACGUCGCCUACAACAUGUAGAAAAGAAGAAAAACUUGAAAAGAUACUCGAACGCUUCCACUCAAACACAUAGGACACACGCUCGCAGCCGGGUGCAUAGACUUAGCCUAGAAAAUGCUGAAACACACAAUAUGGCAACCCGCUGACAAAAAGAUGCACUUUCUCCAUCACAUAUUUGCAUUCGACCACCUUAGAUAUGGCUUAUGAUAUGUAGAAACACAAGUAAUUACUUUCGGAAGCUGAAAGCACUAAUAGAAUUCAGAUAAUUCUUCAUCUUUAAGGUAAAAAAAAAACUAAAGCCACGCACCCGAACAAACACACAGUAAAUAAGUAGGCAUUUGUUUACAGGAUUGGUACUGGGCAUCAGUCUGUGCAAACCGGUUUUUACUUUUUGCCUAGAAAUCUUUUUGUUGUCAUUUUAUUUAUUAUUUUUUUAAACACUGCAUGCAACAUUAAUAGAGUUUUCCACCAACUACAUUGAAGGACACAGUGGAAAGAACAUGUUGCAUGCAAAAGUGGAUCCUUACAUGUGAUAGUUAUCAGCCAAAACAUGUAUACUUUCAGCCAACAAGAGCAAAUCCCACCUUUUUUUUAUUAUUAUUAUUUUUUUUUUAUGUGGCACAAGAAGUCAGUGAAAGUGUGCUGAUGCAAUAGACAGGUUUACAAAACUACAUGCAUAAUCAAAUGGCCUACAUAUUCAAGCACUCACCCAUAUAUGGGCCAACACACCUGUGUAUAUAAGGAACUCGGAGACGUAUCGUACAUUUUCUUUGCUGUUUUGUGUUUUGUUCAUGUGCAAUUCGUUGGUUUUACUAGUGUCGCUUCAUUAUGUUUAUCCUGCAAUAUUUUCAAGUCAGGGAAUUUUAUAAGAUAUUUACUGUCGAGUCUGACCUACCCCUCAUUAUCUAAAGGCGUUCAAUUUUUUUUUUUUUUUUUUUUUUUUUUAAAACGUGGUGAUGAAAAAGUAGCCGUUUUAUACAAAAGACAUAUCAAGCAAAACAUUUUAAACGACUUAUUUUCCUUAAUAUGUUUCAAAUGUGAUUUGUGCACAGCUUGUUCCGUUUGUCCUCUUUAUUUUAUGCAAUAGCAUACGGUUUUUUUUUUCUUUUUCAUUUUAUCCUUUUUUUUUUUUGGUCAUGCCAUUUUGUGUGAAUAUCAACAUGCAGAUACAUACAUGUAUAUAUUAUGUAUAGCUUGUGUUUAUGAAGAUGACGACAUAAAGCACUGCUUCCUCUCUGUUAUUGUAUGUAGCUCAGAUGGAAAAAGGAGAGAGAGACUCCACAAAACAAAAAAGAUAACAAAGGGAAGUAGUAACGAAGGAGUCAGAGAGGUGGAGAUCACUGUGUGUGUGUAAAUCCUGGUUUGUAUGGUUUUUUUUUUCCCCUUGUGUCUUAAAUUUCCUGCAGGGCUCUGAGAUUUGGGUUCUGUCAAAAUGGUAAAAGCGAAAAAAAAAAAUGUCUUUUAAAAUGUCAAUAAAAUAUUUUCUAUUAUUCAGUAAAA